ACAUUCAACACCUGACUUGAUGAAAACCUGCUAAAUAUGGAUAUUAUUACAUUAAAAAGGAUGAGUGAGAGACACACACAGCAAGGAAGUAAAGGGGUUCUACUUCUGAUGGUCUGCAUGGUGACUCUGCUGGAGAUGGCCAGACCAACAGAAGGUCACAGAGUGCAUCAAGUCAGAACCGGCACUUGUGAGGUUGUGGCUUUGCAUCGAUGCUGCAACAAGAACAAAAUAGAAGAACGCUCCCAAACUGUUAAAUGCUCCUGCUUCCCUGGACAAGUGGCCGGGACGACCAGAGCUGCUCCGUCCUGUGUAGAUGCCUCUAUAGUGGAGCAGAAGUGGUGGUGUCAGAUGCAUCCAUGUCUGGAUGGGGAGGAGUGUAAAGUCCUCCCAGAUCUAAAGGGAUGGAGCUGCGCCACGGGGAACAAGAUAAAGACUACCAAGAUCUCAUCGGACCGGGAUCAGCUCUGGUAACCCUUGGUGCCACGGAACCAAAUCAAGGUGGAUCAAUAAAUGUAACUGGGUCUUUACCUGUGGAAUACCAUCAAGGACUCAAGAACAUUGCAGAAACCCUUUUUGUAAAUAGAGACUCCCUCUAUUGGAGACUAUACUAUGAAUCUUCUGGAAGACUUUGAAGCAGCACGGGGUAACAAAGGACAUGAGAAGACUGGACACUACUAAAUGAUGGCUCAGUAGAGGGGACCUUUAUUUUGAAAAGCACAGACAUGACUAUCACCACAUUGGACAUCAGGAUGUCUUUUUAUUCUCUAACAUUGUUCUGCUUAUAGUGGAAUACAAUGGGGAAUUUUGCCUAAACAUUAUUUGUAAAGUGGUAGUUUUUCUUAGGGAAAUUGUAUUUUUUCCUCGGAAUGCAUUGUGCAUCAUUACUGUAACAGGGUGAGAAAACUGGAGUAUCAUCAAUAUCAAGAAUAUCCCCCAUGGAUAUUAGGGACGAGUCGAAUUCGAUCCAGUUUUUAACAAUCAAAUGAUGGUCAGACAAUGGUAAGAAGAAGGAAUAUAACAUUGGUGGACCUUAUUGUAUUGAGCCAAUCAUUGAACAUGCAGGGUGAUUUUCAAAGGAGCACAAAAAAGGGACAGGUAUUGGAAUUGGUGUAUGUACACCUCCAUCAUUUCAUUAUGGGUGGCCAUCAUUAUGGGUGGCCAUUCUCAAUGGUGCUGCGCGCAGGGAACAUGGCUUAUUCCAAUGAGAGUUGCAGCCAAUGGCCAAUGGUCAAUGGCCAAUGGCAGUUGAGAGAAUGUGAUGAAUCCAAGGACAAAUACAUGUAGACUACUGAUGUAUAGGGCAUACUACAAUGUAGGAUUUCUAGCACCAAAACUGAAAACCGAAGGUCAUGUUUGAUUUGCAUGUUUUAUUCCAAGGGCAUCAUCUUUCAUUUCAUCUAGAGCAGAUUGGGGCACUAGGUACACACUUUUGAAAAUGUACACGUUAAUGAAAGUGGUGCGCAAAUUGUGAGUUACCCCUAAUGUGCUUAACGUUUGCUUAUGUUCUUUUGAAAAUCACCCUGUCAACUGCCAGCUGAUCCAGUUAGUUUGUCUAUGUUGCACAAUGCUGAGGCUCAGAUUCGAAUGUCCAUGUAAAGUUUAUGUAAAUGUAUGCAAGCUAAAAUGCAUUCAUUCUCUAAUACUGGCUAUAGUCCAUGGGGUUGGUAGGGGCCGGUUAAGUGUUAAGUGAUUUUUUACAAUUCAUUUCUGAUUCGCUUUUCAACAGGUAUCGCUGACGCUUCCUUCGUCUGUGCAAAUGAUAACAUCUUCGAAUAAUAAACUGUGGUUGUGUCUUAACUUAA